AAAAGUUAUAUGACAUUUGAAGAAUGAGUAGUACAUCAGAUGAAGGUGGAAGUUAUACGAAGAAAUACAAAGGCAUUCGACGUCGAAAAUGGGGCAAAUGGGUGUCGGAAAUUCGAGUUCCUGGCACGCAAGAACGUCUCUGGUUAGGCUCUUAUUCAACGCCUGAAGCCGCAGCAAUAGCACACGAUGUUGCAUUUUAUUGUCUACGAGGAAUUUCAUCACCGGAGAAACUCAACUUCCCUUUAAUGUUACCUGCAAGUGCCCGGACGGGAUUGUCGCCCAGGUCAGUGCAAAAUGCGGCCUCCGAUGCUGGCAUGGCCAUGGACGCUCAAUUAUCUUCGGAGAACAGCACGAAUAAACGGGAGAAUGGGAAGGAGGAGGAUUUGAAUUUGUUGCAAAAUGAGUAUUGCGAAACAUCAUGGGACGGGUGUGGGAAGUCCAAUGAAGGUGAAGAUUUGAACAUUUCAGUUGACGAUUAUCUAUAGGUUUCUCAGAUCGAUUCUUCCUACUUUUCUAAAUUUGAAUGUCAUUUUUAGCUGUAGACGUUAUAGAGAUAUAUAUGCGUUCCCAAAGAGUGUCUCCGGAAUUCUACUACAGUCUGCAGGUAAAUGUUUUACUUACAAAUGGGACUGGAGUUCAAAACGUGCAGACGGUGAAGCCAUAGAUAUAUAAUAAAGGAAAAGGAAAGAAAAAGUUUUUCUUCCGCGAUGUAAAUUGAUUUCGCCUGUUGUUUUUCUGCGUUAAUCAAAUUAAUUAUGUGAA